AUGGGAAUUGAUGCCAACAUAAAGGAUAGCUUAGGUAGAACUGUCUUAGACAUUCUGAAAGAACAUCCAUCUCAGAAAUCUCUCCAGAUUGCAACACUCUUACAAGAAUAUUUAGAAGGUGUGGGAAGAUCAGCAGCCCUUGAAGAACAUGUACAUGAAGAUACAACACAAGAAAUACAUAUUUCAUCUCCUGUUGAAUCUCCUUCCCAAAAGACUAAGAGUGAAACUGUGACUGGAGAAUUAUCAAAACUCUUGGAUGAAAUAAAACUCUGUCAAGAAAAGGAUUAUUCUUUUGAAGAUUUGUGCCACACAAUAUCAGACCACUACUUAGAUAAUUUGAGCAAGAUUUCAGAGGAAGAACUUGGGAAAAAUGGAAGCCAGAGUGUAGUAAGUAAGGGGGGAAGGAAGACAAUGUGUCUGUCUUUGCCAAUUCAAUGUGUAUCUAAAAGGCAGGGAUUUGUGCAUUAUCCUAUCUUCAGAUUCUGCCAGUGUCAAAUGUCAAAUUCCCUAUUGCUCUUUUCCUGAUGUUCAUUGGUAUUUUACUCUCACUGCAUGUGUAGGGGAAGGACUGCUUUGAUAAAUCACUGAUAGUUUGUGAUGAUCUUGCUACUGUUGACUUGCUUAAUACAUGAAAUCAUAGUUUCUUUGAUUAUGUUCUUUAAGUCUCACUGAGCAUGAUGAUAAUUGGUUUCCAAAGAAAGAAAAAAAAUCUUCCUUUUGUCUUUCUUCCCCAAGUUCUCUAUGAAUUUAGUCUACCCCAUCUUGAUUAAAGACAGAGCUGGGCUAUGUGUGUAUGUUCCCCAGUCACUCUGUAUGUUAUGGUAGGAGAGAGACAUUUUGGAAAAUUUGACCUCCGUAGUUUUAUAAUCUUAUUCAAAUCCCUUAUGCAACCUACAAGCUCAGAAUCUAAAUCAUGAGUUAGAGAUUACUGAUCAUUUGGAUUUCUAUAUUAACACAACAGCAAGAAAAACUAUAGAGCAUCAAUCAGUUUAAAAUUAAGAUUUGUAUACCUAUUUUGUGUCAUAUAGAGGUAGGAUUUAUAGGGUGUACUGGUAUUAAAGGAAAUGCAUUAUUAUAACAUGAAAUCUUUACCCACUUUUAGAACUUAAUUUGUUAUAGAAACAUUAUGCUUUCUUCAAAAGCUAAUAAGAGUGUAUUGUGUUAAGUAUGUCAUAUUAUUUAUGAAAACUAAAAACAUUGCCAAGUAUAGUGACCAUAAAGAGAAUGUUUACUUCAUUUAACUACUUACUGUGUGCUGACCCUUGUUUCCCAGCAUAGUCUAGCUCCAUGGCUAGUCUUACUCCUUUUGUUUUGUUUUUUGUUUUUUUGCUUUUGUUUUUGUUGCACUGUCUUCUUUAAAGCAUUGUAUUAUUGGCUCCAGUAAAACUCCUUAUGAAUAAUUAUGAUUAAUUAC